GGAGGUGUAGCUCCCUGACAGAGACUGAAACAAAUUGUUGAAACUGAGAUCAGGACAAACGAGACGCCAAGGGCUUCGUAUCUCGAGUUACUUUCUCAAGAGUUGCAGCCAAGUUACAAUAACCUUGACAAUGAACGACAAAAGUAAUCAUUCUGAAAAGAAGCAGGAUUACGCCAUGGAAAAUGCAGCAUUUGAAUUGGAGGAAGAUGCAUCUUCCAAACAUCAAGAUGACGCAAAGCCUGAGUCACUCACAGGCAAGAGAAAUGCCAAAUUUCUGAACAAAGUAUCUCAGUCUGCCUCAAGAGUGAAGUCAGCGUACAAAGCCCACGCGUCUGUAAUCAAGUGCAUCAUUGUGGGCAUACUCCUUGCAGGCUUUCUAGCAUACCUCAUCACUGCCUGCAUACUCAACUUUCAUCGAGCAAUCGCCCUCUUGGUCAUUACCUGUGUCGUUGCUUUCUUUGUGAUUUAUGAUCUCAUCAAGAGAUUUCUGGGGAAAAGAAUCGCCCACUUCUUUUCACCUGUGGGUUCAUGGCUCAAGCAACACUCCAGAUGGUUUAAGUGGAUAAUUAGCUUGUUGGCUUUGGCGGGUUUGAUCAUCUGGUUGGCGGUUGACACAGCGAAGAGGCCCAAGCAGUUAAUCUCCUUUGGAGGGUUGUGCCUGCUCGUCAUCAUACUCUUCAUCUUCUCCAGAAAACCUCUCGCGGUAUCUGGUCGAACUCUGUUUGUGGGACUGGGCCUGCAAUUCGUUCUGGGUAUCUUAAUCAUCAGAACGGAACCCGGCUUUCAGGCUUUCAACUGGCUGGGUGUACAAGUCCAGAUCUUUUUGAACUAUACAAUAGCUGGGUCCAGCUUUCUCUUUGGAAAUGAUCUCAUCAAUGGUAUUUUUGCAUUUCAGGCCCUGCCCAUUGUGGUCUUCUUCAGCUGCGUGAUGUCUAUUCUCUACUACGUGGGUGCAAUGCAGUGGCUGAUUGUAAAGAUUGCGUGGUUGAUGCAGGUUACCAUGGGAACAUCAGCUGCAGAGACACUGAGCGUUGCCGGCAAUAUCUUUGUGGGGCAGACAGAGUCACCACUUCUCAUCCGACCAUACCUGUCAGAAAUGACCAAGUCGGAAAUGCAUGCUGUAAUGACUGGAGGGUUCGCUACGAUUGCUGGCAGUGUCCUUGGGGCCUACAUCUCCUUUGGGAUUAGUGCCUCCAGUUUGAUCGCAGCCUCAGUGAUGGCAGCCCCUUGUGCGCUGGCUCUGUCUAAACUCAGCUACCCAGAACUCGAAGAAUCCAAGUUCAUGAGUAAAGAAGGAGUGAAACUAGAGGCUGGAGGAGAACAGAAUAUUCUAGAAGCGGCGAGUAAUGGUGCCUCAGCCUCCAUUAGCCUGGUUGCGAACAUUGCAGUGAACCUCCUGGCGUUUCUGGCAAUUCUGGAAUUUUUAAAUGCGGCUCUGUCCUGGUUCGGAGGAAUGGUGGACUACCCAGAGCUUAGCUUCCAGGUUAUCUGUUCCUAUGUCUUCAUGCCCAUCGCCUACAUGAUGGGAGUGGACUGGAAUGAUUCCUUUCUCGUUGCUGAACUGAUUGGGAUCAAGCUCUUCCUCAAUGAGUUUGUGGCUUACCAGAAGCUCUCUGUGUACCAGAAAAACCGACUGAAUGGCGUCACAGAGUUUAUCAAUGGAAAGAAGCAGUGGAUUUCUGUCAGAGCAGAGAUGUUAUCAACAUAUGCCCUUUGUGGUUUUGCAAACUUUUCAUCAAUCGGGAUAAUGCUUGGAGGACUCUCUGCCAUGGCUCCAAACCGUAAGAGCGAGAUAGCGUCAAUUGUCAUGCACGCCCUGUUUACAGGAUUUGUCACAUCGCUGGCGAAUGCGUGUGUCGCAGGAAUCCUCAUUGUGCCUAUGGAAUCUGUACACUGUGUGAGCUACCUCAACAGCAGCUUUUUCAAUGUGACCGGUGACAACCUGUUAACCUGUUGCAGAGACCUCUAUAGCAGUGUGGUACUCAAUGUGACUGGAACUAUUACAUUCACUGGAGAAUGGUCAAGCGUCAAUCAGAGUAUAAUGUUUUUACAUAGCUGUUGUGGUUUGUAUAACAGUAGUGUUUGUACAGAAGUGUGAACGAUGCCUAUUCCCUUUGUUAAUGAAGAAAGCAAUGUACAUUCUGAACAAACCUAUGCUUAUCUGUGUGACAAAUCAUACUAUCCUGAAGUGUGGAGACGAUGCCAAUUAAUUCCUCACAGGCCAAGGACUGGAGAUGUGAGGCCUGCAACAUUUACAUGUAGGUGUAGCAGUGACCAUCCAUCCAGAAUUGAUGGAUCGAUGUUCCCCUUUAUAUUGUAAUUUAAUAGCUUUGCAUGUUGCUAGUUUGUGACCUCUGAUAUCGGGGCUGAGGGAGAGGGAAGACAGAGUGUGUGACACACACACACACACACACACACACACAGACACACACACACACACACACACAGUGACAUCAUCACAUUACCUCAUACAGCAGAGGAGGCUAUUCAGCCCUUGAUAUCCAUGUUGGCUUUCUGUAUGUAGUAAAAUCCAGUCUGUCCUAUGCUUUCACUCUAUGCCCCCAACAACUCUCAGCACAUAUCAAUAAGGCACACACUGGCUCGAGGGAACCAUAGCAGUGUUAAAGCUGUUGACACCUUGAAGGGAGGGAUGGGGGUUUUCUUGCUGUGUGUUUACUUCUUUCAAGUGCCUCCAAUUUCCUUUCGAAACUAUUGACUGCCUCAAUUUCUACUACCCUCAGUAGCAUCUAUAGGGGCAAGGGUAAGAGAGACAGCGAUGGACAGCAUUUAUUGCCCAUCCCUAAUUGCCCAGAGGGCAGUUAAGAAUUAACCACUUUGCUGUGGGUCUGGAGUCACAUGUAGGCCAGACCAGGCAAGGACGGCAAAUUUCCCAAAGGACAUUGGUGAACCAGAUGGGUUGUUUGUGUUAUAGAACAGAGGGACCUAGGGGUUUAGGUACAUAAUUCUUUGAAGUUUGCAUCACAGGUACUCAGGAUGGUUAAGAAGGCAUUUAGCACACCUGCCUUCAUUGCUCAGACCUUUGAGUAUAGGAGUUGGGGCGUAAUGUUGAGGUUGCACAGGAUGUUAGUGAAGCCUCUUCUGGAUUAUUGUGUCCAGUUCUGGUCAACCUGCGAUAGGAAGGAUAUUAUUAAACUGGGGAGGGUUCAGAAAAGAUUUACCAGGAUCUCGCUGGGAAUGGAUGGCUUGAGAUAUAAAAAUAGACUGGAAAGGCUCAGACUAUUUUCACUGGGAGCGUAGGAGGUUGAGGGGUGACCUUAUAGAGCUUUAUGAAAUCCUAAGGAGUAUGGACAGGGUGAAUGACAAGAAUUUUUUCCCCUAGGAUGGGGGGUGUUCAAAACUAGAGAACAUAUUUGUAAGCUGAAAGGAGAAAGGACAUGAGGGACAGCUGUUUUACACAGAGAGUGGUUUGUGAAUGAACUUCCUGAGGAAGUGAUGGCUGUGGAUACAGUUACAAUGUUGAAAAGACGUUUGGUAUGUUUAUGAAUAGGAAAGGGCUGGAGAGAUAUGAGCCAAACACGGGCAGGUGGGACUAGUUUAGCUUGGUCUGGUUGGACCAGAAAGUCUCUUUCUGUGCUGUAUGACUCUAUGAUUGAUAAUGGUUACCAUUAGACUAGCUUUUCGUUCCAGAUUUUAAUGGAUUGAAGUUUCACCAUUUGCUAUGGUGGGAUUUGAACCUACAUCCCCAGAGCAUUAGCUGGAGCCCUGGGUUACUAACCCAGCAAAAUUACCAGUUACCAAUGACAUUUGCUAUGUCCAGUAGUGAGCAAGGAGGGGCUGCAAGUGAAAUGAUGUCCCCAUCCCACUCCAGUUCUGAUCAUUUCCGUGACUCCACAAUGUCAGAAUUAAGUCUGGUUAUGUUCUUCCCCUUCUCCAAUCCUGGUUCUUACGUUUCCACUUAUUCAUUUGCCUGACAGACCAUCCUCUAGAAGGUUCUUCUAGCACAUUGACAGUGUCCCUACCUCUGUGCCAGGAGGCCGAAGCCAAUUCCCGCCUGCUCCAGAGGUGUGUGUCAUAGCGUCACUGAACAGUUUGGUUAGAAAUGAUAUCACAGACUGCACUCUGGACUAAGACGCAGCUGAAACACCGGCAGGCUAUCUGCCAUCUCUCAUUCACACUCUGGAGCGAAGGUGGUCACACCCGCUAUUUGGUUGGAUGAUGGGUGAGGGGGUUGUGGGAAGUAGGAAGGGGAACAGCCAGUGUCACUCUGCACCUAUAAGGAUCUGUGCAUGGUCCGGUAGACCGCUGAGCUGCCUGCUGGGAAGUUCCUCUCUUUGGUAUUUUCUCUCUAUCCAAGUAGGCCUCACCCUUUUUCCUUUUAGCUGGAGUGGAAUGCAGUGAUCCUGGGCGAGACUCUCUCAGGGCCCUAUCGAGGCUGGGCAGAGUACUGCAUUGUCAGGGGUUCAACCAGAACGCCCAAUGGGUGCUUCUGUUCCUUUAGGCCCAUGUCAAACAAGAGCUUUCCCCCCGUCCCCACACCUACCAGAACACCCGAAGGGGGCCGGGGUGUUGGGGGGCAUUCUUUCCCAACCCUCAGCACUAACAUCAAGCUGUUGUCCCAAACAGGAGCUGGCAGUCUCUGUAACUGGGGCCAUUCUGAGGGUGGGCAGAGAUGGUAGAUGUUCAUGUGCCUUAUGGUCAGGUGUAGCUGCCCUUCCUGUUCUGUUAGUGCAGGAUACGGCCUAGAAGACCAGGGGGCCUGUACCUCAGCCACGGUCCCACUGGGAGCUCUCAGUCCAGAUGGUGGAGUAGGUUAUUGAAUCUCUCGCAUCCAAACAGCGAUUGGAAACAGCCAUAGCCCACUCGAAAUCCCACCGUUCAGAGCCAGAAUAAUUUGCUCCGGGAUUUUCUGCAGCUCCCAAGAGGAGACUUGCACUUACAUAGUGCCGUUUGCAACCUCAGGACGUCCUCAGGAGAAACUCAGCUGCCUACUGAAGUCCACGCACUGUUGUAAUGUAGGAAAUGGGACACAGCAAGAUCCCACACUCAGCUCCCUUGUGGUAAUCAGGUGACAGCCCCAAAAUCCCAGGCACUCUGAGAGAGGAACUGGAGCAGUGGAAGCUUCAGGAAGUUUCAACAUCCAAUGAUUAAAUCCCCUGCUCCCCAUCCAGCACCAUCUGAAGCUCGGACUGCACCCCCUCACCGAACCACACCCCACCUCACACACAGACUAUCUUCAAACCACAGAGGCACAGAGUCAUCCAGCAUGGAAACAGACCCUUCGGUCCAACUCAUCUAUGCCUACCUCACUGUCCCUGCCACUCCACCCACCUUGCAUUUUUCCCAUGUGUCUUGCCAGUUCACCCAUCUGCCACUCUGUCCUUUCGGCCCCUCACUAGAAUUCAGUGCUAUCAUAUGGGGGAUGGGGUUGCAGUUCUAUGAUGUAGCUCUCUGAGGGAUGCUGCGUUCUUUAUUCCUGACAAAGCCAGGCUACGAGGGGCCCAGAAGAAAUUGAGCUGGCGAAAUGUCUGAACACAGUGAAAAUCCGACAGUAACUGCUGCUCCUUGUGAGGUCCAAGCCAGUGUUUGGGAUCCAGACCAACAUUGGGCAGGGAUCUUUGGCCGGAAGAUAAAGAUUGGCCAGGUCACUGCGGAGUGUUCCCAACCUUCAACCAUCCCAAAAAGGCAGAGGGAGCCUCAGUUUAGCAUCUCAUCCUAAAGAGGGCACCUCUGGCACUGCAGCACUCCUUCAGCACUAUCCUGCCCAGCGCAGACUGGGUUCUGCAAGGGAUGGGAAUGGGACUUCAAGCCACACCGUUGUCUCUCAAGAGACGAGGGUUUACCCUCUCAGCCACGCCUCCCUGUGCCUGUAGAGGGCAGUGCUGGUACAUUAUGCGCAGACGCUUCUUAGCUGGGAGCGCCGACCAUUCAAACUAUUCCAACAAUAAAUCUGUUGCCACCCUCUGCCAAAGCUGUUAUUUAAGUGCUGACCAGCUUCUCGGUGGACAGGCUAAAAACUCUGUUUUUUAUUUCAAAGAUAUACUUUAUUCAUAAAAGUCAUUAUAUAUAAAUAUAGUCACUAAAGCAGUUCUGAAACUUUCUCACUGUAAGUAUUUUUGGCUUUGUCAAUUC